AUAAAAAGAAUUAAUUAUAUAUAAAUCAAAAUGCCGCGURUAAUGAUAAAAGGUGGUGUUUGGCGUAACACAGAGGAUGAGAUUUUGAAAGCUGCUGUAAUGAAAUAUGGAAAAAACCAAUGGAGUCGUAUAGCCUCACUAUUACAUAGAAAAUCUGCAAAACAAUGUAAAGCACGUUGGUUUGAAUGGUUAGAUCCGAGUAUUAAGAAAACAGAAUGGAGCAGAGAAGAAGAUGAAAAGAAUCCUGAGACAAAACCUGCCAGGCCUGAUCCUAAAGAUAUGGACGAGGAUGAAUUGGAAAUGUUGGCCGAGGCUCGUGCAAGACUCGCGAAUACUCAAGGGAAAAAAGCUAAACGAAAAGCUCGCGAAAAGCAAUUAGAAGAAGCACGUAGGCUCGCAGCUUUGCAAAAGCAUAGGGAACUACGCGCUGCUGGGAUCACAGUGUUGCAAGAGAAUAAGCGCAUUCGUAAACCUAAUUAUAAUUCUGAAAUACCUUUUGAAAAACGCCCUGCUUUAGGAUUUUAUGAUACUUCUAAGGAACAYAUAGAUCCACUUGCAAUAGACUUUUAUAAAAUGAGACUACAACAAUUAGAUCGAGAUCAUAAGCAGGAAAAAGAAGAAAUGGAACGUAGAAAAGAUAAGCAAAAACUGAAGCAGCAAAAAGAAAAUGAUAUUCCAAUGGGAAUGCUUAAUAAUGAAGAACCAGUGAAGAAAAGAAGUAAACUUGUUUUACCCGAACCACAGAUCUCUGAUCAAGAGUUACAACAAGUGAUUAAACUUGGACGUGCAUCAGAGGUUGCACGUGAAGUUGCUACCGAAAGUGGAAUUACACUAUCGGAUAGUUUAUUAGCUGAUUAUUCUCUUCCAACAAAUGUUGCUGUAACUCCCAGAUUUUCAGCUGCGCAAGAUAAAAUUCUUCAAGAAGCUCAAAAUGUUAUGACCCUGACACAUGUUGAUACUCUGUUGAAAGGAGGCUUAAACACAUCAUUAAAUAAUUCUGAUUUUUCUGGCGUUGUAUCUGUAACAAAUGCUAUUGCAACUCCAAAUACUAUUCUAGCAACUCCUUUCCGUUCUCAGCGUAGCGAUGGAACACCCUUGAAUUCGUUUAAUACACCAGCAUCUUCAYGACAGCAAAAUGGAGUUUUGACAACACCAAUUCGUGAUAAACUUAGCAUUAAUCCCGACGAUGGUAUUUCUGGAUCAGAAACACCAGUGAUACAGAAACAAGCUAAAGAACAAUUACGUGCAGGUUUGAUAGCAUUGCCAACACCACGUAACGAUUACGAAAUAGUUGUUCCUGACGAUGAAACUAUAGAUGAAAAUACCUCUAAUCCUGCAAAUGGCAUAGUUGAAGAUCAAGCUGAUAUAGAUGUUAGACAACAACAAGAAUUGUUGGAACAAAAGAAAAGGGAAUUCGCUCGUAGAUCACAAGUUAUACAACGGAAUUUGCCAAGGCCAGUUGACGUUAACAUGAAUAUUUUAARGCCUUUCAUGGAUACUCCACUAACGGAUAUGCAACGAGCAGAAGAGYUAAUUAAAAGGGAAAUGAUUACAAUGAUGCAAUAUGAUGCGCUUCAAAAUCCUAUGCAACAGAAUAGAAAGAGUGCUUCCAACUCUUUAGCGCAAGCACAAGCGUAUCUCGAACAACAUCCUUAUAUAAAUUUUGAGGAAGAGGAAUUGAAUGCAGCGAAAAAAUUACUCACCGAUGAAAUGAAUGUUGUUAAGGAUGGUAUGGCGCAUGGAGAUUUAAGUUUAGAUGCAUAUACAACGGUAUGGGAAGAAUCUUUAUCGGAGAUAUUAUAUUUGGAAACACAAAAGCGGUAUACAAGAGCAACCUUAGCCUCCCAAAAAGAUAGAGUAGAAGCUUGUGAAAGAAAAUUAGAAGAAAAUCGGAUGCAUAUGACUGGUGAAGCUAAGAAAGCUGCUAGAAUGGAAAACAAAUUGAAAAUUUUAACAGCAGGAUAUCAAACCAGGGCACAAGUCUUAAUUAAACAAUUACACGACUCGUGGGAACAAAUAGGAGAAGCCCAUUUGGAACUUUCGACAUAUAAAUUUUUACAAAAUCAAGAGGAAGCAGCAGUUCCGAGGAGAGUCAAUGCUCUUAUUGACGAUGUUAACAGACAAGCUGAACGUAAUCGUAUAUUACAAAUGCGACAUGCACAAUUGCAAGAUAAACGUCUGCAAUGUUAAUUACUA